UAUGUAUCCCCAGCCGCCGGUCGCGGCAGCGAUCACGGGCCGGCCGGUUACGACGACUCGAGGCCCGACUUCCCGGGUCGCCCAGUCGCGGGUCUUGCGCGGCAGAGCGACGGCCGACGGGCGCCGUGGGUCCAGAUCGAGAGCUGAAGACACCAUGGCUUCGUCCUCCGAAUCCCUAAGCUCCGACGACGACACCACGGCUUCGUCCUCCGAAUCCCAAAGAUCCGACGGCUACACCUCGGCUUCAUCGUACGAAUCCCUAAGCUCCGGCGAUGAAGAAAACCGCUUGCACAUCCAGAAAGGAAACCCUGUUCCCAAAACAAGUCGAGCUCAGAAGUUAGCCGAGAGUUGGCGAACAAUUAAACAGCUGAAAAACCUCAAUCCAAAGGAGUACCAUGAGGAUACCAUGUUUUUGUGCAGAGUCUCUCUGAUAGAUAUAGAUUGCACCAGUGGAUGGUGUUAUCUUGGAUGCGACACCUGCCAAAAGUCAAUGUACGAUGCCCCAAGAAAGUACAAGUGCUGCCGAUGUGGCCCGAUUAAGAGGCCGAUUUAUUGGUACAAGCUGAAUACGAAGGUGAAAGAUGCCCCCGGCACAAUGAACUUCAUGAUCUUCUGUGAGAAGGCUGAAGAGCUGGUUGGUGUCUCUGCGGAGGAGCUGGUUGAUAAGAUCAAGAAUGAUGAUGAAUGGUUCACCCUUCCAAAUAAAAUCAGGGCUCUUCUUGGAUCAACACACACCUUCCAAGUAUUCGAUAAGCACAGGAGCGGGAGCUUCUCGGUGAAUUCAAUCAUGGACGAUGUUACCAUCCCAGUCCCUGCUGCAUCCACUACUCAAUGCAAGAAGGCGCGUGCCCCCAAGGGCAGCACUAAAGCGGCAGUUCCUGCUCCUACCACUGCUCAUCAAUGCAAGGAGGAGCCUGCCCCUGAGAGCAGCGCUAGCAUGGCAAGAGCAAGGUCGAAGUCCACCAGAUUGCAGAAGCCUAACAAGCGUCUGCGAGGGGAUGACUGGAUCAGCUAACCCUUCGGGCCAUUUUGUGACUCACUUUAGUGCAUCUAGGCUAAUGCAUCCUCUAGGAUUAGGCAAUGGGUCCUUUCUGUUCACUUUCUUCUACCAUGGAAAUCAGAACAGCAGCUGUGACUCGAUCUAAUGUCAAUGCUGGGUAACAGGCCUUAACCUGUUUAAACCUUUGAACAUGUUUUGCUUAUCAUUGUUCAUGGACAAUGGGCUUCGCAGCGAUGUCAACUAUUUCAUGUGCAUUGGGUUCACCAGUAGUUGUGGGCAGAAUCUCCUAGGAUUAGGGAUGGAGGUUGGAUUGGAUUA